AUGGCUCGAGUGAAGCAAGAAUCGUAUGAGCAGGUUGGGAUUCCCAUCCUCAAAGAAGUCGUAUCCGCCAAGCCGAAGCUCAAGCGCGUGCUCGAUUUCCUAGUGUCGACGUCGCCCAAGGAGCAACCCGUUCGACCUCCGGUGGAUACUACUUUGCCGAGCGUCAGUAUCAUUGUUCCCGUGUAUAACGCAUCUCGUUGGUUAGAUGAGACUUUGAGCUCUAUAUGCGCUCAAACGUACCGAGGUCCAAUCGAGGUGAGCAUCUUCGACGACAGCAGUACGGAUGGGUCGCCAGACAUCAUCAAAAUCUGGCGCGAGGCGUUUACCCGAGUGGGCAUCGCCGUUGUGGUGAACGGAAGCAGGUGGCCAGAGAGCUCGAAGUUUGUCGCGGAAGACGCGCCCAACUUUGGUAUCGGGUUCUGUCGAAAUCGUUGCAUCGAGCAGAGUCACGGAGACAUUUUAGUCUUCCUGGACUCUGACGACGUCAUGAUGCCACAGCGACUCGAGCUACAAGUGCCACUCGCCGCGGAAAAUCGGACGGCCAUCGUUGGAGGGUGCUGGAAACGGUAUCCAAGCGGUUCAACGGAGCAUUACGAAGCCUGGGCGAACAUGAUGACGCAAAACGAGCUUCACCUCGAACAAUUCCGAGAGUGCACGGUACUCUUGCCGACGUGGUGCAUGGCGCGAACGGUCGCAGAAACCGUAGGCGGUUUUGUUGAGGCACCGCCUGGUUCGGGCGAGGCGGAAGAUUUAAUUUUCUUCCAACGGCACUUGGCGUUAAAUUACGAGCAGAACUUGAAAAAGGGCUUGCCAUCGCUUUUACGCGCCGGGGACUACCCGCAUAACCCGGUGCUGUUGUAUCGCUGGAGUCCACAGAGCGCAUCAGCACGGUGUAGUCGCCGUCGGCUGUUGCAGGUUCGCGCGCAAGCGUUCGAGGAACGCAUUCUUCCCAUGAAGUCGUGGGAGAAAUUCAUCGUGUGGGGCGCAGGGCGUGACGCGAAAAAUUUCAUGAAUGAAAUUUCGCCCGCCGCGAGAGCACGCGUAGAAGCGAUGAUUGACAUUGAUCCCAGAAAAACGGGACGUCAGUACACGAAUUCGCAAGCACCCGACCAAGCGCCAGUGCCUAUCGUGCACUUCUCAAAGGCGCCGAGAGGGCUUCCCGUCGUCGUGUGCGUGGCAAAGCGCCGCAAAGGUUCUGGCGAUAGCGGCGACUUGGAAUCAAACGUAGACACGCUCGGGCUCAUCGAGGGAACGACGCUGUGGUAUUUCAACUAG